AUGGAGGUAGGGAGGGAGGGAGGAGCGGUCUGGAAUUGGUCUAAAGUAACCUUGCUCAUGGUCGUGACAUCGGGACCUCCGCGACGUGCAUGGCGGCCAGGCAGCAAGAGCCGCAGGGACGUGAAGGAAGAAGAAAGUUCUUCCGUGGUCUUCUUGUCCCAUGGCGAAGCUACAAGAGCGCAGGAGUUGAGGGAGCUGGUGAAGAAGAGUUACAAGCUCAUGGAAGAGACCGAUCGAUACGUCUCGCCUCUGUUUUCACAUGAGAUGAACAGAGACAUGUUGGACAGCAAGGAAGAUGAAGAGGUCGAGAUGUUGUAUGAGAUCAGGAAGGAGUCAGAAAGGAGAAGAGGCAGCAAGAUCGAACAACAGCAAGGCAAGGCUCAAGUUCCUAUUCCUGCUCAGCUUGCUAUCAGUUGCCCCGAGAUGAGGAACAGACUACUUGCGAACGUGGAGUACUUCGAGAGGAAGCUUGCUUCCCUUGAGCAGGCCCUCAGCAGGAAAGCGAAGGGCCCUCUGGUCUCCGAGAGCAGCCGGCAGGAAGCAGCGGGCGACGAAAGGACGUGGGUGAGGACGGGGGACAAGGAAAGCUCGAUCGCUCGUCCCCUCGACUUCUGGGGGGUCAAGUUGGAAGACGCGAGGAGGGAAGCAUGCACGCUGAGGGAAGACAUCAACGGUCUCCUCUUGGAGGCUCGCGAGCUGGUGGAGAAGCAGCGAGCAGAGCUGACGGCGAGCUUGAAGAAGUCCUACGGGAGGGCGAGCAUGAGGAGGGAGAUGGGGAGGCAACAGCUCUACCAGCUCUCGAGCGAUGGAUGCGGAGACUGGAGACCUGUUGAGGACAAGAAUGGCCACGACUGCUGCCUGCGCAAGGCAUGA